AUGCCCAGUAAUCAAGACGCUACAGAUCCCGGCAAAUGGAUCGAAUAUGGAAUUUAUUUGAUUAUUAUAUUUGUAGUCAUUUUAGUGUUGGGUUUGAUUGGAUAUGUGGUUGGUAUUGGAUUCUUUUGUGGUCGAUUGUGCGGAUGUUGUGGUGGAUGUAAACCAAAGAAAAAAGGUGCCACUCAUCCCUACAAAAAGAAAGACCUCGUCAUUCCAUCCAUUCUCGUCAUUAUUGGAUACCUUUCCUUACUCGUCGUGUGUGUGUUGGGUCUAAUUUUCAGUGGUCUCUUUUCACAAAAUGUUCGAGUCAUGGUCAAGGAAACGAGAGGUCUCGUCACCAAUGUGAAUGGAACCAUUGCAGGAGUUGGAUCGUUGAGUACGGCUGCGAGUGAAAAAGUUCCAGUCCUUGUGAAUGCCUUCUCGACAUUGGCCGAUGGUGCCUUUAAAUUUUUAACACCUGUGGAUAAUAUGGCUCUCAGUGUUCAAGAUUCGAUUAAUACAUUGUAUAAGGUCAAUAAUACGGAUGCUCCAAUUAUUUAUCAACAUAUUGAUGAGGUGAGAGCAGAUUUGAGAACUUUGAAAAAUCGAACGGAAUUGCAAAAUGUUCCAGAUCCAAAUACGGCCAUUCCAGAUGUUCAAAGUACAGUAACGAGUGGAAUUAAUACUGGUGUUUCUGCUCUGCAACAAGGAAAGACAACCAUUGAUGAUGCUCGUGCAAGUUUGAAUAAUACCAUUUACUCAACCAAAGAUACUAUUAAUUCCACAGUUUACAAUACGAUUAACACCACUGUGGUGAGCACCUUGUCAUCAUUUACUUCUCAAAUUUCAAGUGUCAUGGGAAUGGUCAAUAGUUAUUUACCAGAGACUCGUGUCGAUGAUGUCACUUACUAUGUGUAUGCCAUUGAAAAUGCAAGAAUUUCAUUGGUGACCAUUUUCUUUGUUUGGUGUGGAUUUUUAUACAUUUUCACACUUUUAGGAAUUGUGUUCAAAGUACCAAUUUUAGUAGAAGUUACGAGUUGUUGUACAUGUGGAACUGCAUGGCUAUUUUUCGUGGUAGCUGCCAUUCAAAUUCCAAUUUACAUUCUCGUCAAUGAUUUAUGUUCGACUGCUCCAACCACUGUGAAAUAUUUAGGUGAUAGUUAUGGAAAUUCACUCAUUCAACAAAGUGCUGGAGGUUUUGUCACACUACCAAAUGUUUCAGUUAUUAUUGAUCGAGUAGCUACAUGUACUCCUGGUAACAGUUAUUUAAAUGCUACUCUAGGUUCUGAUUAUUUGGGUGCAUUGGGAAUUGAUAACAUGCUUGGUACUGCCACUGGAAGUAUUUCUGGAGCUCUCGAUUCAUUCAAUGUUUCAUCUUUAAUUAACACUGCAAAGGGUUUCAUUCAAUCUGCCAAUGUGUCAUCAAUCAAGACAGAUUACACCUCCGAUGUCAAUUCUGCUCAAAGUCAACUCGACACUGCCUAUAGUCAACUUCAAGACAUUCAAAAUUUCAAUGGAUUUAGUUUUGCAAAUUAUACCAAAGCCAUCGAUGAUGUGAACGCAGCGGUGAGUCCUUAUGGUCUCUAUUACACAUAUGAAAAUAUUACUCUCUUGGAUUGUAAUGCUUCUCCAAUUAAUCAAGAUUCACAAGCUCAACAAAAAUGUAACACCACGAAAUCGAAUGCUUUGGAUCAAUUGACACUUUACAACACGACCUUGACCGAAGUGUUGAAACUCAAUGCCACAGCUAGUCAUUUACGAGCGGGUUUACAAACUCUUGUGAAUGAUUUUAACAGUCUUUCGAAUACGUUUAUUCCAAUUAAGAGUUUACCAAAUACUUUAACUAGUCAAUUAGAUACGCUCGCAUCCGAUGUAUCCAUCUAUGUGAAUGAUUUGAAAAAUAGUUUAAAUGCAACCAUCAAAUCAGCCCUCACGAAUUAUAUUAAUAGCGUGACAGCCACAUCCUUAGAUUGUGGAUAUGUGGGAUCGUACGUGUCCACCACAGAGAAAACUGUGUGUUAUGGAAUGACCAAUCAAACUCUGAUUACUGGAAUUCUCUCACUCAUUAUUGGAGUCAUUAUGAUUGUCAUGUUUAUCAUCUUGUUGAUUUUAGGAAAACGAUUGAGAUAUCAAACUUCGAAGGGAGUUGCAGAUCCUCCAAUGGGAGCUGAAAUGAUGGAACCAUCCAUGCAACAAGGUGGUCUUCCUCCCAUGGAUUUACAUCAUUAA